CAUCCGCGUCACCUUGGUUACCGGUGAGUGCCUGCCAACCUGUUGUACACCUGCGUCAUCCCAGCUCCAAUUGAGUCUCUGCUUGCUUCCCUGGCGCGCGCUUCCUGCGUUCCUUUUCUACCCUCAAUUCGCCGCCCCGAUAGAUAGCUGCACUCGCGCUGCCCGUCUUCCUCAGCAACUGACAUCGCCGCGAUACAGCAUCUUCAGACUACCAUUUUGCACCAUGUCCGACUUCCCACAGGGCCAGCGGGACAACGCCGACCGUCCUGCCCGCGAUGUGAAGAAUCACUUGCUGUUCGAGAUCGCAACCGAGGUUGCCCAUCGAGUUGGCGGAAUCUACUCAGUCCUCAAGUCCAAGGCGCCUGUGACGACGGCCGAAUAUGGUGACCGCUACACCCUCAUCGGUCCCCUGAACCACAAUUCGGCCGCAGUCGAGGUUGAGGAGUUGGAGCCCACGAACCCCGAGCUUGCUACUACGAUUCAGUCUAUGAGAGACCGUGGCAUUGGCAUUCUCUACGGCCGAUGGCUCAUUGACGGUGCCCCGCGAGUCUUGCUCUUCGACACCAAGACAGCCUACCACUACAUGGAUGAGUGGAAGGCGGAUCUGUGGAACGUCGCUAGCAUUCCCUCGCCGCCCAACGACGACGAGACGAAUGAGGCAGUCAUUUUUGGAUACGUCGUCGCGUGGUUCUUGGGAGAAUUUGUCUGUCACGAGAAGAAGAAGGCCGUUAUUGCGCAUUUCCACGAAUGGCUUGCCGGUGUCGCUCUUCCCCUCACCAAAAAGCGUCGUAUCGAUGUGACGACCAUCUUCACCACUCAUGCAACCCUGUUGGGAAGAUACCUCUGCGCAGGUUCUGUCGACUUCUACAAUAACCUGCAGUGGUUCGAUGUUGAUGCCGAGGCCGGAAAGCGUGGCAUCUACCACCGCUACUGCAUCGAGCGCGCUGCCGCCCACUCUUGCGAUGUCUUCACCACUGUUUCACACAUCACCGCCUACGAGAGCGAGCAUCUGCUCAAGCGCAAGCCAGACGGUGUUCUCCCCAACGGGCUGAACGUCACCAAGUUUUCUGCGAUGCACGAGUUCCAGAACCUGCACCAGCAGGCCAAGGAAAAGAUCCACGAUUUCGUCCGUGGGCACUUCUACGGCCACUACGACUUUGACCCCGAGAACACUCUCUACUUCUUCACUGCCGGCCGCUACGAGUUCAGGAAUAAGGGUGUCGACAUGUUUAUCGAGUCUCUGGCCCGAUUGAACCAUCGCCUCAAGUCUGCCGGCAGCAAGAUCACCGUCGUCGCCUUCGUCAUCAUGCCGGCCCAGACCACGUCACUGACAGUCGAGGCUCUCAAGGGCCAGGCCGUCAUCAAGUCGCUGCGGGACACUGUCGACGUCAUCGAGAAGGGCAUUGGACGUCGCAUCUUUGAGCGCUCGCUCAAGUGGCACGAUGGCGACCCGAUGCCCGAUGACAAGGAGCUCAUUAGCGCCCAGGAUCGCGUCCUCAUCCGGAGACGGUUGUUCGCGAUGAAGCGCCACGGCCUCCCCCCCAUUGUUACCCACAACAUGCUCAACGAUAGCGAGGACCCCGUUCUCAACCAAAUCAGGCGCGUCCAGCUCUUCAACCACCCCUCAGACCGCGUCAAGAUCGUCUUCCACCCAGAGUUCCUGAACUCGGCCAACCCUGUCUUGCCUCUGGACUACGACGAGUUCGUGCGUGGUACGCAUAUGGGCAUCUUCGCGUCGUACUACGAGCCAUGGGGCUACACCCCUGCCGAGUGCACCGUCAUGGGCGUCCCUAGCAUCACAACCAACUUGUCCGGCUUUGGAUGUUACAUGGAGGAGCUGAUUGAGAAUUCGAGCGACUACGGUAUCUACAUUGUCGACCGCAGGACCAAAGGGGUCGACGACUCGGUCAACCAACUUACGACACACAUGUUUGACUUUUGCCAAAAGAGCCGCCGUCAGCGCAUCAACCAGCGCAACCGUACUGAGCGCCUCAGCGACCUGUUGGACUGGAAGAGGAUGGGCAUGGAAUACGUCAAGGCUCGCCAGCUGGCGCUAAGACGGGCCUACCCGGGCUCCUUCAGCGGCGAGGAGGAGGAGGAGGACUUCAUCCCCGGCGUGGAGCAGAAGAUCUCGCGACCCUUCUCGGUGCCCGGAUCUCCGCGCGACCGCACUGGCAUGAUGACCCCCGGCGACUUUGCCAGCUUGCAAGAAGGGAGGGAGGGGCUGAACACGGAGGACUACGUCGCUUGGAAGUUGCCUGAAGAGGAAGACCCCGAUGAAUACCCCUUCCCGCUUACCCUCCGCGCCAAGCGCCCCUCGGGCCCAGCGAGCCCUCUGGACGGAGUGCAGCUGAACGGCAACUAAGAGCGAUGGCCUACCGCCCCGUAGCACACGAAGCGCAAACUGUUGUGGGCCAAGUGUGCCUUAAAAGACAAGCGACAGCAGAUGGUGGAACAUGUACAAAAUGCUAUCGGAUACUCGCUGGCUAUUGCUCCCGGACUACCAGGUCGUCUUCGGUCAUGGACCAGUCGCGAUUCACAAUUUUAUAUAGGGAUAUGGAUGGAUGUAAUGGGUUAUGGAGAGAUUGAGCAAGGCAACCAACGACGAGGGUGGGACUGCAUGGGUGAACAUGGACAUGUACGAGCAGAGUACCUAGCAUACUUGAAUGAGCAUUAGAUUGGUUCCCGGA